CUUUCCAUGUGCUGCUAGAAGGAGACAGAAAUCCAACGGCCCUUAUCAAGAAGAAGAACGAAUUGAACAUGUGACGCAUUGUGACGUACCUACUUGCACAUGCUUGCCGGAGUUACUUGGUUAUGUUCAUAUCAGCUCAUAUGCUCUUCUAUCAAAUCUAAAUUGUUUCUUUAACUUUGUCCACAAAUUGAAAUUCGGUGAAAAUGCCCUGGCAACUCCCAAAACCGCUUCUUUACGCUUCCGUGGCGGCGACCACAUUUGGUGUAGCGUAUCUGACAAAGGAUUACAUGGGAGGUGAAAAAUAUAAAGGGAAAGAGGAUCUAAUUGAUAAGGUAGUCAUUGUGACAGGAGCCAAUUCUGGUAUCGGGAAGCAGACAGCUUUAGAGUUAGCCAAACGCAAUGCGAAAGUCAUUAUGGCAUGCAGGGACAUGGGAAAAUGUGAAACGGUACGUAGAGAUAUUGUACUCGACACAAAGAAUAAGUAUGUUUAUUGCAGGAAGUGUGACUUAGCGUCACAAGAAAGUAUUAGGAAAUUUGUUGCCCAAUUUAAGAAAGAAUAUAACAAACUUCAUAUACUUAUUAACAACGCUGGCGUAAUGAGAUGUCCAAAGAGUUACACUGAAGAAGGUAUAGAAAUGCAGCUUGGAGUCAAUCACAUGGGACACUUCCUGCUUACAAACUUGUUGCUGGACGUCUUAAAAGAGUCCACGCCGUCAAGAAUUAUAAAUUUGACAAGCGCCGCUCACCGUAGAGGCCAAAUAAACAUGCAGGAUUUAAAUUGGGAGAAUGACUAUGAUGCUGGUAGAGCAUAUGGUCAGAGUAAAUUAGCUAUAAUCCUUUUCACUCGGGAAUUAGCAAGCAGAUUGAAAGGAACCGACGUUACCGUGAACGCUGUUCAUCCCGGUAUAGUCGAUACAAACAUAACGCGGCAUAUGUCCGUAUACAACAAUUUCUUUACACGAAUAUUCCUGAAACCUUUUGCUUGGCCAUUUAUUAGAGCACCUCUGCAAGGGGCUCAAACUGUUUUGUAUGCGGCGUUAGAUCCUAGUCUUACGAAUGUUUCCGGAUGUUAUUUCGACAAUUGCAAAACCAAGGAAGUAUCAGAGGAAGCCAAGAACGAUCAGCUGGCAAAGUGGUUGUGGAAGGUCAGUGAAAAAUGGACAAAAUUAAAUGUUACUUAAAUAAAUGUACAAUAGAAAUAUACAGUUGUAAUUUGUUUUUAAAAUAUAACUUGAAUCUUUGAUAACUAUA